AUGCAGACCUCUACGAACCAAAGCCACGACGCUGGAGAUACCAUCAACUGCAACAGCCUCCCGUGGCUCCCCCUCGCCCCUCAAGUCUGGAUCAAAAUCCUCAGACUUUCGCCAGAGACCGAAUCCUACACCGUUAUUGUGCGCGCCGAGCCCGGUGGCGUGCUGCCUCGCCACCGACACCUAGAUAACGCCGAGAUCUACAUCCUUAAGGGUAACGGCGCUCAUCCUCAGACUGGUGCGUUCGCGCAGGGUGACUACGUGACUGAGCGCAAGGGUGCCACGCACGAACCAUUGGUGUUCCAGGAAGAGACCGAGUUGCUGAUGAUAAGCAAUGGGCCUUCGGCUUUCCUUGGCGAGAAUGACGAGGUUUUAUACCUGAUGGAUGUGCCGAUGUUGCAGCGGCUGGCGGAGGUCGCUCACUGA